AAAUCUUAACCCUCCCCAAAUUUAACCAAGUCAAUAGAAUUGAAUCAACCCAUUUCAAUAAAUACAGUGGUUUGACCCUUCUUGAUGUCCAUCACCCAAUUCCAAAAUCCAACUCUCUCUCUCUCUCUCUCUUUGUCUCUCAUAUCCCAAGGUUCACUAUGUUUUUUAAAGCAAAAACCAAAUCUUGAUCCCUCCUCCCUUCUUAUUUAGAGGCAUUGAAAGAGUUAUAAACCCAAAAGGAGAAACCAACAACAAACAACCCAUCCUUUCAAGAAACCAGAAGAUUCCCAUUUUGGCGCAAGAAAAUGCAAAAGAGGUAGCAAAGGAGAAAACUUCAGCACCACCCUGAAAAGCCCAGAAAAAAAAAGAGAGGAAGAACUUCCCUGUCCGGCACCACCACCACCACCACCGUCUAAAGCUGAAUAAAUCCCCAAAUCGCGAAUACCCAUUUCUCCGAAACCCUAACCCUGAGAGUGAAAAAAGAAGAAGCAAAAUUCUGGGCCUUCCAAUAACACGUCAAAAAAUGUCAAAGCAAAUGUCUCAUCUUGACAACAUUCCAUCAACGCCAGGGAAAUUCAAGAUGGAAAAAUCACCGUACGUCCACAAUAGACUGAGGUGGCACUCCUCUCUUGCAAAGCUCACAUUUUGGUCCUUUAUCUUCUUGGGCCUGAUCUUGAUCUUCUUCUUUCGAUCUCCUUCCUCCAAUCCCCUUCCUCAAGAUCCUUCGCGUCGCUCUCUCCGCACCUACAACUGGGGUGGACCCGCUUGGGAAAAACGGGUCCGUUCCUCUGCCCGUGUCCGUUCCCGUAACGGCAUCUCCGUUUUGGUUACUGGAGCUGCCGGUUUCGUCGGUACCCACGUGUCGGCUGCUUUGAAGAGGCGUGGAGAUGGUGUUCUCGGACUCGAUAAUUUCAAUGACUAUUAUGACCCUUCGUUGAAACGGGCUCGGCAAGCGCUUUUGGAACGAACUGGAGUUUUUAUUGUGGAAGGAGAUAUCAAUGAUUCCGCUCUUUUAAGGAAACUCUUUGAGGUUGUUGCAUUUACCCACGUGAUGCAUUUGGCUGCUCAGGCUGGUGUCAGGUAUGCUAUGGAAAAUCCUGGUUCUUAUGUGCAUAGCAAUAUUGCUGGUCUUGUUAGUUUACUUGAAGUCUGUAAGUCUGCUAAUCCGCAGCCUGCCAUUGUGUGGGCUUCUUCGAGCUCCGUUUAUGGGCUUAAUACCAAAGUUCCAUUUUCUGAGAGAGAUAGGACUGACCAACCUGCUAGUUUAUAUGCUGCAACUAAGAAAGCUGGUGAAGAGAUUGCACAUACUUAUAAUCAUAUAUAUGGACUUUCUUUAACUGGUCUGAGGUUUUUCACAGUUUAUGGCCCAUGGGGAAGGCCGGAUAUGGCAUAUUUCUUUUUCACUAGGGAUAUUUUGAAGGGGAAGUCGAUACCAAUAUUUGAGGCUGCUAAUCACGGUACAGUGGCUAGGGAUUUUACCUACAUUGAUGAUAUUGUGAAAGGAUGUUUGGCAGCAUUGGAUACUGCCGAGAAGAGUACUGGUAGUGGAGGGAAGAAGAAGGGUCCGGCUCAAUUGAGGGUAUAUAAUUUGGGGAAUACUUCACCUGUGCCAGUUUCGGAUCUCGUGAGUAUUUUGGAGAGGCUUUUGAAGGUUAAUGCAAAGAGGAAUAUUAUGAAGUUGCCACGAAAUGGGGAUGUUCAGUUUACUCAUGCCAAUAUUAGCUUGGCUCAGAGGGAGCUUGGAUAUAAGCCUACAACUGAUCUGCAGACUGGAUUGAAGAAAUUUGUCAGGUGGUAUCUCAGUUACUAUUCUGGUGGGAAGAAGGCUACUGGGUAAUUCAUUCUUUGUAUGUGGUAGGAUCCUCCGAAUUCUUUCAUUACGAUUCUUAUCAUUGUUUUUAACAUUUCUCUGUUCAUUGCCCAAUUAUCGUUAUUUCAUAUAUCUUUAAUGAUGCCAUAUAAGGGGGGAUAUCAUGUCCUACGAUGAAGAAGUUUUGUGAUCAGUGGACAUUGUUUGCUGGGCAGGCACUUCCUGUAUCAAAAGAACAUUGGAACAAUCUUUUUUUAAUUUUUCCUCUUUCUUUCCCAUGGAAUGUAAUUGUUGUAGUUUUGGAAUUGUAGAAUUCAUGACUGAUAGAGCAUAUGCUGAUUGGUGGACGUGUAUCAUUGCUAUGCAAUUUCAAUAAGAUAGCACACGAUAAUAUGUUCUUUCUUU